GGUUGUAACCGACGCAGGUUGUAACCGAUGCUUAUUGUAACUGUAAAUGUUGUUAGUCAUGUCAGUUUUGUUUGUAUUAUAGUACCACUACAAUUUAAUCUUUGUCUAAACACACAGAAUUUCAAGUCGCUAUACGAAAAAGUUAACUUUCUCUUCGUCUUCAUCAGCUAUGGGCGAAGCUUACGUCUCAAAUAGAUCGAAGAAGGUUACACAAGAUGGUAGAAUUUUUUUGUUUACGUCUCGUUCGAACAGUAUUAUCUUUAUGUUAGAAAGUGAUUUGUGUUGAAAACGGUGAGGUAAAACACGUGAUACGUCUCACUACCAUCGUUACCUUUUUCCUAGUUUCUAGUUUUUUCUAGUUUGUCUCAUAUGUUUUAUGCAAGGCUUUCCAUUCUUGCUUGUAUGUAUGAUGUACGAUUUACCUAUACGCGAGUGUGUAUGUGUGUGAGGAGUUUGAUUAGUCACGCGUUAUCCAAUUUGAAUGACUCAUAAAUGUACGCGAUUCCCGUAUCAUCUACACCAAGUUUAAAAAUAGUUUUGAAAAAAUCCAACUCAUUGAAUAAAUUUGAAGAGUUGAAUUGUUUUAAAUUGAAGGAACAAAUCGGACGUUUGAUUCCUGUUCAGAAAUUUUCUCAAUUGAAAGACACUGAUGGAGUUCCAAAAGCAGAUUAAACAUCACUCAAAAAAAGACUGCCUUCUGCAAUAACUUGGACAGGUUUGAAAAUUUUAAAUUUUCACUACAUGGAGGCAUCAAAAAACACAUCAGCAAGGCAAGGCCAGUGAAAACCGUACAAACUGCUUUUCUCAUUAAGAACAAUAAAACUAAAGCAGCGGUUUGAAUCAUUUUAAAUUUCCUGCGUUUCGAUUUAUUUAAAAAUCAUCGAAAUUCGGAUCAAAAGAAAGAUAAAGGUACUAAACCAUACUCAAUUCCACGCUGAUCACCUCGAUUGCGAGAAAACUAUUUGAAAAUGUUAUAGAUGUCUUCUCAAAUGCAUGCGUGAUACACGGUUUUCUGUUUCAGAAUUAAUUUCACAAGCUUUUAGAAAAGUAAUUGUAUAUUCGGCUAGCGUGCGGAAUUCUCUACAACCGUAUAUAUGUACGUUUUGAAUUGCACUUGUUCGCUAAAAGGAAAUUCAAGCACAGUGAAGGCACCCCCAUCGUCAGAUUCCCCAAAAAUGCAUUUUUUGUUCUUUUUUCAUCUUCAUUUUAAACAUAGGAACAAGUUGUUACAAAAGUGUGUAUAUAUUCUUGAAGCGCGUGAAAUUCUCUAUAAUCCUGCACGUUGCCGGUCUUGACCUGCAAUUCUUUGCUAACAAAUGUUUGGAAUAUUCUUACUGUACUCACGUAUCGCAUUCCUAUGGAUUGUAUUACAUGCUUCUCCAACUAACUCUUCUUCUUUUACAGACUAUGAGAAAGAGCACAUUCAAAAGUACAAAAAGAACUGAGUUCUCACUUUUGGAACCCUUUUUUACGGCAAUAACAGCUGAAGAAAAAGGUUAACGUGGAAAAAAAUACCAGAUUUUCAAAGCUUUUAUUUUUUUCGUCUUUCGUAUAAUCUGCGUAGUUUUCUUGAUUGACGUUCUGAAAUUAAAGUUUAGGUAUGGUUUUGUAGAGUAUUUCGCAGCGCAUCUUUUUAAGAAAAACAUUAACAUUUGGGUCCUAAAGAAAUAGAAGAAAAAUAGAAAAUACUGAGAGGCCGCACCCGUUACAAUUCGUGAGAAUGUGAUAGGUAGAGGGCAUUAACAAUUUUCAAAAUUUUUGCUAGCAAAUAAUCUCGAAUUCAGGCUGGAAACGUAGAGACUAUUAGAGAAUUUCAAGCACUACCAGAAUAUAUAAUUACUUUUCUAAAAAUAUAAAUUUAUAGGAAUGAUAUGUUACAAAUACGGAGUCUAACUAUUUCUUGCUAGGGGAAUAUAUAUUGAGACCUUGAUACCCUACGAACAGAAAAUACGUGUGAUGAAGUGAGAAAAUCUUUGUUUCGUUCAUUAGCUAUAUUCAUGUGCAGAGAAUCGCAUUUAUUAUUUAUGGUGAUCAUUCAUCCGAAGAAGAAAAGUCAAUAUGUGCGUUAUUUACUGAUUUGCUGAUCAGCUAAAUCAUCAUUCCUAGGCUUUCCAUAGAAAUAAAACCACCGCUUUCGAUCAUUGGUAUUAGAUUUUUGUGGACUCUCGCGCAAGAAAUCCGAACGACGUUUUGCUGUUAGAUUAAUUGUGGUGAUUAAAUACAAUAAAUAACAUGUAAGCAACAAAGAAUACGUUAGCUAAGCUCGCUUUGAUUUUUCGGUUCGCUGGACCUACUGGAUACAAGACCCAUCCGUUGAUGGAAGAUAGCAGCAAUACUUGAAACUUUCUUAAGGUAGAACCACAAACACCACUAGUUAGGCCAAAAAUAUUAUUAGGUCGAGAAAAGGUUUCAAGUGCAAGGACUUUCAAAAAUCCCAGAUGCAGAGAAAGUCUGAUGGCUUUGAAGUUUUGUCUGCAAUUUUGGGAGUCUUUUAGGAAUCUUUGGAAACGAUUAAAGUCUCAAGGUUGAGAUACAGGUUUCUAGACCGUUAUGAGAUAAUCAGGCAGAUUAUAACCUGAUAAUGGGAAACUGUUCACCAUUUCUUCUGUUUAGAACGAUGAUAAAACCGUUCGUUAGUAUUGCUUUUCUGGUUCUUUGUCUGUUAGUUAUCAAUUGCAAUGGGGUGAAUCAUUGUACAAAGUAUGCCAAUACCGUUUAUCAAACAAACGUUACAUUUCCUGGCAAAAAAACAUGGUACGGUUUAGUUACACUUCUUCCAAAUAAUAUACUUUUUGAAGAUGAUUCGCUUGGCGAUACUAACACAAUAGCAGAACUAGGUUUACAAAUUACGGUGGGCACGCAUUCUGGUCACUAUUCUUGUCCGACUGCAACCACUAUAGCUGCUGUUGAUUUUGGCUAUGCAUAUAAAAAUCCAAAAGAGCCAGUAUUGAAAUCAGGCGCAUUAGCAGUACACAAUUUUUAUUUAUAUUUAACAAAAGAUGGUCAAUCAUGUACAGGAAAAUUUGUAUUUGCAAUGUAUCCUCCAGGCUCGAAUCCUUUCUCGAAUAAUCUUAAACCAUUGCUAAAAAGUGGUGUAGCAAAAUUAACAUGCGAAAGACUUAAGCCCAAAGGUUUAACUUUAUUUUAA